AUGGCCGGAUCGCUGGCUUCGGCUCGUCUGACGCCGCAUCAUACGGGUUCGACGCUGGUUCCUCCUCCGGUGCCGAAACGGCAGAAAUCGCCUAGAAUGCUGCAUACGCUACGGAAUCCUCACCAGGUAUCCGACGAAGAGGACGAUAGCCACAAGAAGGGACACAGGGCUCUAUUGAGGAAGGGCAAGCAUGCGCAUCACGAGGGAUCGCGGAAGAAGUGGCGCGAGGAGAUUAGGCCGCGGGAGAGGAAGCGCUACGAGGCGCUGUGGGCGUCGAACCGCGGUAUCUUGCUGACGGACACGCGGCUGAUGAGUCCGGCUACGAGCCUCAGCAGCGAUCUGGACAGGGAUGUAUCGCAGUGCGUGGCGAACGUGGUGGUGAGGGAGGUCUGGAGGCGCUCGAGGCUGCCGCUGGAUGAGCUGGCUGAGAUAUAUGACCUGGUGGAUCGCAGCAGGACAGGGAUGCUGAGCAGGGCCGAGUUUGUGGUUGGGACGUGGCUGGUUGAUCAGAGGCUGAAGGGGAGGAAAGUGCCAGCAAAGGUUACAAAUAGUGUCUGGGGGAGUGCGAACGGGGUGACUGUGAAGGGACCUAAUGGGAAAUGA